UUGUUCCUUGAGGACAACUCGGCCUCUGUUCCCUAUUCCAGCAGUUCUGCGACCUGCUAUUUACCCUCAUCGGUAUUAGGUCUUCCAGGUGUCUCGACCGAUUCAACAGACUCCAAACCAAUAUCCCCUUUGCCAUCGCCUCCUGCUCCCGUUCCACAACCACUUGCUUCUACUAUUGCCCAGACACCCCCACCUCCACCGCAGCCACCUCCACCUGAGGCCGUUAUCAGAAUCGCGCAUGCCCUAGCGAGUCGUGCUAAUGACUACACAAAGAAGGCAAACGUCUUCCGGCUGACCACGAAGGACGGCGCUGAAUAUCUUUUCCAAGUCAAGUGA